GGAAGUGGCUGAAGGGCGAGGAGGCGGUGGCGAAGGACCGGCCGGGCCGGGCGGCGCAGGAUGUGGAGGGCCCGCGCGGCGGCGGCGGCGGCCUGUGCUGCCUGUCAGAACUUGACCAAUGGGACCUACAGAGCGAGAGGGAAGCUGCCGCUGCAGAAACUGCAUCUUAUUUCACGAAAAACUCAUCAUUCCUGCCCUCCCAUUUCCAAGUUACCAAGGCUUCGGUCAUGGACCUCGGCACUGCAGUACUCCACCCUCGGUCGCCUUCCCUUGCGCAACUCCAGGCUGCUGCUUGUAAAGUUUGGCCUCCAGCCUUCUAGGAACUUUUGGCUUGCUCGGGUGGCCUCCAGACUGCUGCGGCUGCGCUACCUCGUGCUGGGUUCUGCGGUGGGCGGCGGCUACACGGCCCAAAAGACCUACAACCAAUGGAAGGAUUCUUUGCCUGACCUCAGUGAAUACAAAUGGAUCGUUCCUGACUUCCUUUGGGAAAUUGACGAGUACAUCGACUUCGAGAAACUUAAAAAGGCUCUUCCAGAUUCCGAAGAGCUGGCCAAGCUCAUGCCUGACUUCCACAAGAUCAGCGAGACCUUCAGCUCCUUCUCCGGUUUCUUCACACCUGGUUACAAUUUGGUUAAUGAAGUCAUAGGAGCUUCUGAUCUACUCUUGUUAGGUUCUUCGGGGGACUCGGCCUUCAGAGCCACUGACCAGGGAGGCGAGAGUGACAAGCAGCACAAGAAGGGUCUCCUGGGCGAGCUCAUUCUCUUGCAGCAGCAAAUCCAGCAGCACGAAGAGGAUGUCCGCAGGGCCGCUGACCAAUUUGGGCCAGGCUCCUCCUCCUCCUCCUCCUCCUCCUCCUCCCAGCAGAAGCGCAAGGUUUCUGAUAAAGAAAAGGUCGAUCAACUUCAGGAAGAAUUACUACGAACGCAGCUGAAAUACCAACGGAUGCUUGAGCGUCUAGAGAAAGAGAACAAAGAGCUGAGGAAGAUAGUCCUGCAGAAGGACGAGAAAGGCAUUCAUCAGAGGAAGGUGAAGAAAUCUUUGAUUGACAUGUACUCUGAAGUCCUGGACACUCUGUCAGACUACGAUGCUAGCUACAAUACCCACGACCACUUGCCUCGGGUAGUUGUGGUGGGAGAUCAGAGUGCUGGCAAAACCAGCGUGCUGGAAAUGAUCGCUCAAGCCCGGAUCUUCCCUCGGGGCUCAGGAGAAAUGAUGACACGCUCACCAGUCAAGGUCACCCUCAGCGAAGGUCCCCACCAUGUGGCCGUAUUCAAGGACAGUUCUCGCGAGUUCGAUUUGAACAAGGAGGAAGAUCUGGCGGCUUUGCGGCACGAGAUCGAGAUCCGGAUGAAGAAGAGCGUGGGCAGCGGCUGCACCGUCAGCUCGGAGACCAUCUCGCUCAGUGUCAAGGGUCCUGGCUUGCAGAGGAUGGUGCUGGUCGAUUUGCCCGGCGUCAUCAGUACGGUGACAUCGGGGAUGGCGGCAAACACCAAAGACCUCAUCUUCAGCAUCAGCAAAGCCUACAUGCAGAACCCCAACGCCAUCAUCCUCUGCAUCCAAGAUGGGUCUGUAGAUGCAGAGCGCAGCAUCGUCACCGACCUGGUCAGCCAGAUGGACCCUCAGGGCAAGAGGACCAUCUUUGUGUUGACCAAAGUGGAUCUUGCGGAGAAGAAUGUGGCCAGUCCCAGCAGGAUUCAGCAGAUCAUCGAAGGCAAACUCUUCCCGAUGAAGGCUCUGGGGUAUUUUGCGGUGGUUACCGGAAAAGGGAACAGCAGUGAAAGCAUUGAAUCUAUUAGAGACUACGAAGAAGAAUUUUUCCAAAACUCCAAACUAUUGAAAAACUCCAUGCUGAAGCCCCACCAGGUGACCACGCGGAACCUCAGCCUGGCAGUGUCCGACUGUUUUUGGAAAAUGGUGCGUGAAUCGGUGGAGCAGCAGGCGGAUGCUUUCAAAGCAACCCGCUUUAAUUUGGAAACCGAGUGGAAGAACAACUACCCCCGCUUGCGAGAGCUGGACCGGAAUGAGCUGUUUGAAAAAGCCAAGAACGAAAUCCUUGACGAAGUCAUAAGCUUGAGCCAGGUGACCCCCAAGCACUGGGAGGAAAUUCUUCAGAAGACUUUAUGGGAGAGAGUUUCGACCCACGUGAUUGAGAACAUCUACCUUCCAGCAGCCCAGUCUCUGAACGCCGGCACCUUCAACACCACUGUGGACAUCAGGCUGAAGCAGUGGACUGACAAGCAGCUGCCCAACAAGGCCGUGGAGGUGGCCUGGGAGACCCUGCAGGAGGAGUUUUCUCGCUUCAUGACCGAGCAGAAGGGCAAGGAGCACGACGACAUCUUCGACAAGCUGAAGCAGGCCGUGAAGGAGGAGAGCAUCAAGCGGCACAAGUGGAACGAGCGGGCGGAGGACAGCCUGAGGGUGAUCCAGCACAACGCCCUGGAGGACAGGUCCAUCUCCGACAAGCAGCAGUGGGACGCCGCCAUUCAGUUCAUGGAGGAAACCCUGCAGAGUCGCCUGAAGGACACCGAAUCCGUCAUUGAAGACAUGGUGGGCCCAGACUGGAGGAAAAGGUGGCUGUAUUGGGUGAAGCGCACCAAAGACCAGACCAUCCGCAAUGAAACCAAAAACGAGCUGGAGAAGAUGAUGAAAUGUAACGAGGAGCACCCGGCUUACCUGGCCAACGACGAGGUCACCACCGUCCGGAAAAAUCUUGAGGCCCGAGGGGUGGCGGUGGACCCCUGCUUGAUCAAGGACACCUGGCACCAGGUCUACAGGCAGCACUUCCUGAAAACAGCCCUGGGCCACUGCAACCUCUGCCGGAGGGGCUUCUACUACUACCAGAGGCACUUUGUCGACUCGGAGCUGGAGUGCAACGACGUGGUUCUCUUCUGGCGCAUCCAGCGCAUGCUGGCCAUCACCGCCAACACCCUGAGGCAGCAGCUGGCCAACACCGAAGUGAGACGCCUGGAGAAGAACGUCAAGGAAGUGCUGGAAGACUUCGCAGAGGACUGUGGCAGGAAGAUGACGCUUCUGACAGGGAAGCGAGUGCAGCUGGCCGAGGACCUCAAAAAAGUUCGGGAAAUCCAGGAGAAGCUUGAAGUCUUCAUUGAAGCCCUUCAUCAAGAGGAGAAGUGACGGCUUCAACAG